AGACCACCGAAGACAAGCUCACCUAUACUCGUCACGAACCAAUUGGUGUCGUCGGUCAAAUCAUCCCAUGGAAUUUCCCAUUGCUCAUGAUGGCAUGGAAACUUCACCUUAUUAACGAGGCUGGCUUCCCACCCGGGGUGGUUAAUGUCAUCUCUGGUUACGGAAACACUGUCGGUAAUGCCAUCUCCUCGCAUAUGAGGAUAGAGAAGGUCGCCUUCACUGGCUCAACCCUUGUUGGUCGCAAGAUAAUGGAGGCCGCUGUGAAGAGCAACCUCAAGCGCUUCACGGAGAAAACUCGGUGCAAAUAAGAGCCUCGCGCGUCAAGGAAAGCGCUUUUAGCAAGGAAUGCGAGCUCUACCAAUCGAUAGACAUCACGCACCCAGUCACAGGUGAACA